UUUGGGCACUUAACCAGUCACGUGAAGGAAGACAACGGAAGUUACCCGAACUUCGAACGAGUUACAAUCAAGUUCUCAGUCAUUCCAACCCGUUUAGCGUUCACUAUAAAGCUUACUGAAUACUGAAAAGGAAAUCAACUUACUGAAUACUGUAAAAUCGUAAAAGAUUCAUUGCUUUAUUUUGCGAGAACCUAGAUGCCGCAGUCAAAAUGCAGUCUUCCUUGUCGAUAUAUUCUUGCUGUUCUCGGCUGCUUUGGACUGACUGUGGCGUUCAGUUUAAGAGUCAACUUAAGCGUGGCGCUAGUGGCGAUGGUGAAUGCGACACAGACUGGCCGUUCUAAGGAAGAUGACUUUUCCUGGGACCAGGAAACAAGAGGUAUUAUUCUCGGGUCAUUCUUCUAUGGCUACAUAGUAAUGCUUAUUCCUGGAGGAUGGCUUGCCGAAAGGAAUGGAGGGAAGCACUUUGUGGGACUUGGUGUACUGAUCUCAUCGGUACUAUCACUGCUGACCCCCCUGGCUGCUCGCUAUAGCUACAAAAUGCUGAUAGUGCUGAGAAUACUGGAGGGACUUGCACAGGGUGUGAUAUACCCAUCUCUAAAUGUUCUGUUGAGUUGUUGGGCUCCACCUGAGGAAAGAAGUAAAAUGCUGGUCAUCACAUGGACAGGUUGCCAAGCUGGGAAUAUCAUUGGUUUGGUGGUUUCUGGACUUCUCUGUGCUUCCAGAUUCCAGUGGCCAUCUGUGUUUUAUCUAUUUGGUGCAAGUGGUAUUGUUUGGUACCUGUUUUGGUGUUUCUUAGUCUAUGAUAGCCCAUCUGUUCACCCACGCAUUUCGCUUGAGGAAAAGGAGUUUAUAGUAACAGCUAUAGGUGCAUCACAAGACAAGGUUGUGAAAAAACAUCCGACCCCCUGGCGUCAAAUCCUCACUUCACGGACAGUGCUGGCUAUCAGUUUAUCUUUCUUUUGUAGCAAUUGGGGCUUCAAUACCUUUUUGACCUCCUUACCCACUUAUUUCCAGGAGGUUCUUCACUUUAACAUAGAAGAGAAUGGAUUUCUAUCGGCGCUUCCGUACUUCUGCCAGUUUUUUACGUCACUUCCUGCGGGGUUUCUCGCUGAUUGGCUAAUCCACAGCCAUAUAAUAACCGUCACAGAAGUCCGAAAGAUAUUUACUCUAGCGUCAUUCCUGUGUACAGCGUGCAUAAUGGUCGCUCUGAGCUUCACGAAUCAUCCCGUCGUUGCCGUGACUCUCUUGUGCGUACUCUUCAUGUUCCAAUCUAUUGAUACCUGCGGUCACUGGAUAAGCCCUAUGGAGUUCGCGCCGCGGUAUUGCGGUCUACUGUUCGCCAUCGCUAACUCUUUUGCGACAAGCACUGGUAUUGUUGCGCCGUUUGUUGUUGGAUACCUGACUAAUAAUCAGCCAACACGUGACCAGUGGCAGAAAGUGUACUAUAUAGGAGCUGGGAUUUAUGUGUUUGGCGCGGUCGCAUUCGCCGCUCUAGGGACAAGUAAAGAGCAGCCCUGGAACACGCCACCUGAAGAGAACCUUGUCCCCGUGGACCUCCCCCACGAGAUACGUGACUCACACGGAUCACGUGACCUUCACGGACCACGUGAUCAUGUGGGCUUGCGACGGAAAACACGUGUUUACAAGACUUCCCAAGAAAAGAGCUUCGAUGAUCGUGAUGGCAGUCUGGUCAUCAAUGCGUAAUCAGUUGUGUCGGGGCGUGGUUAUUAGAGACUUUCACUGUUGCCGGCAGGUUCAGGUAAAUAAUGAAAUAAUAAUUUAAAAAAGUGACAAGUCUAGAAAAAAAAAAACUAGAAUGAUAAACAGCAAUAAUGUCGGAAAUGCCAUCGAAGCAAUGCAUUAUGGGUAGGGAAGACUUGUUCUUUGAAAAAAAGUUCCUCUCUAAAUAAUGAAAUCUACAAUUAUUGAGUGCGCAAAUCACUGAAUUCGGUGAACACAAUCAAUUAAAUUCAAGAUGUUAUAAUUUUGUAUUUGUUUUUGGAAAAA